GGUUUGAUGGCUUUACAAGCACAUUCCAGGAUAAACUAUUUAAAGGCUAUGACAUGGAAAUACACAAUCAGAUAUUCUACACAACACUAUGCUCUUGUAUACUCAGCUUGACUGGUCUAAUAUUACAGGGCCAUCUUCUCAUGGCAAUAGAUUUUGUUUCUCGCCAUAAUGAUUGUUUUGUUGACGUUGCACUGCUUUCAACUGUCGCUACAGCUAGUCAAUUCUUCAUUUCUUACACAAUCCGCACAUUUGGUGCUCUCACAUUUGCUACCAUAAUGACCACAAGACAGCUGGUGAGCAUUCUGCUUUCAUGUGUGUGGUUUGGUCACCCCCUCAGCUGGGAACAAUGUGCCGGAGCUGUUAUUGUCUUCGGUUCCCUUUACACGAAAAGUUUCUUGAAAAAUAAACCUCAGAAACCUUCACCUUCAGAACAGAUGGAAAAUGGAGCUUCUAGUCCAUUGAAGGGGAAUCCAUAGUACGAAAUGGUCAUGCGAUGAUAGGACUUGUUGAUGCCUUUAAGUUUCGGGUGAUAGCCUGAUAACUGUGUGUGUAUGAAGUCGCAUAGAUAGGAUGCAAGAUGCGGAUGCGGAUGCGGAUGCGAAUGCAAAUGUUUUUACAUAACUCCUGCAGCAUGUAUGUUGGCGGGUUCUGUUUGACUGAGCCCCAUCUGCAUCUGCUGGUAGAAUCUACAAUUGUAAUUUUGACUGAUCUUUAGCCCCAAUUUUUACCGGGGAUAAGUAAAGCCAUAAAAAUGUAUUUUUGCUUAGUACAAAAUGGUACUUGUUGAUUUGUUUGUUGUGGUGUGGGUAAGGUACUGUUCUAUCAAAUGAAAUUGUAUUGAUGAUAACCUAGGCAUAGCUCCAGGGGAAAUAGGGACA